GGGGGUGGGGUGGAUGGCAAAUUUCGUCAGAAUAAGAAGAGAGCAAAACAGAGAGAAGAGCCCUACAGCCUGUUGGGUAUGUCCCUCUGUUUGCUCUCUCCGUAUAAAACCCAGUAAAUUCCCAAACAAACGUGAGAGAAUUUGCAGACUCUCUUUCAGUUUUAGCUCUUUCUAUAUAUAUAAACAUUUACUCAAAGACUCAAUUCACUGCUACCCGAUAAAGAAGAAAAAAAACAGAGUCAAGGAAACAUGCCUGCAAGUUUAGACCCUUUGGAUGUGGGUGUUCAGAUUCCAUACCAUUUUCGUUGUCCAAUCUCCUUAGAGCUUAUGCGGGAUCCAGUCACCGUCUGUACCGGUCAAACUUACGACCGCCAAAGCAUUGAGUCUUGGGUAGCCACCGGCAAUACUACUUGUCCGGUAACAAGGGCGCCGCUCAGUGAUUUCACUCUAAUUCCCAAUCAUACUCUUCGCCGACUUAUACAGGAGUGGUGUGUUGCGAACCGGGCUUUCGGUGUUGAGCGGAUUCCGACACCGAAACAACCGGCUGAUCCGUCGUUGGUCCGGUCGUUGCUGAACCAGGCAGCGGCUCAGUCGAAUCAUAUGAAUUCUAGGGUUUCGGCGUUGAGGAGACUCAGAGGACUCGCUCGUGACUCGGAUAAGAACCGGUCUGUAAUUUCGGCGAACAACGCACGUGAAAUUCUUCUGGCUAUUGUAUUCUCCCGUAUGGAUUCUGACUCGUCCGAAUUGAAUCACGAGUCUCUUGCGAUUCUCUCCAUGUUUCCGCUCUCUGAACCAGAAUGCGUUUUUGUCGCUUCUGAUGCGGAACGAGUUAGUUACCUGGUUGCUCUGCUUUUUCAUCCUUCCAUUGAUGUACGAGUCAAUUCAGCUGCUUUGAUUGAGAUUGUAGUUGCCGGAAUGAGAUCCCCGGAGCUCCGUGCUCAAAUCAGCAAUGCGGAUGACGUCUUCGAAGGAGUCGUCGGAAUUUUGAAUUAUCCGUUGGCGUAUCCGAGAGCGUUGAAAGUCGGAAUCAAGGCGUUGUUUGCUUUAUGCCUAGUGAAGCAACACCGUCAAAGGGCGGUGAGCGCCGGAGCGGUGGAAGCGCUAAUCAACAGGUUACAGGAUUUCGAAAAAUGCGAUGCGGAAAGAGCACUCGCCACAAUCGAACUCCUCUCCAGGAUUCCAUCAGGAUGCGCAGCUUUAGCGUCUCACGCGCUAACGGUGCCUCUGUUGGUGAAAAUUAUCCUGAAGAUAUCGGAGCGUGCGACGGAAUACGCCGCCGGAGCACUGCUAUCGCUUUGCUCGGCGUCGGAACAAGCUCAGAAGGAGGCGGUUGCGGCCGGCGUGUUGAUUCAGCUGCUGCUUUUAGUCCAAAGCGAUUGUACAGAACGUGCGAAGCGAAAAGCACAAAUUCUUUUGAAGCAGCUUCGCGAUUGUUGGCCGGAGGACUCCAUCGCCAAUUCGGAUGAUUUCGCUUGCAGCGACGUCGUUCCAUUUUGACAAUUCACCAUUCUUACCUUUCGUUUUCCAAUCUCCCCCAAUUUUUGUAAUUCGAGGUAAAAAAAAGAAGAAAAAAAACAAUUGUCUAGAUUUGGUAAAUAGGCCAUUAUUCCAUGUAUGUAAGUUUUGUACGUAAGAUAAGAAUUUUUUUGGGCUAGAAAGUUGUUUCUUUUUUUCCUUUUCUAAUUAAAAAAAGGGAAAUUUUUUCAUAUCGCCGCUAAAAAAUAUCUUAAUUAUGUUUUAUAGUUAUAAUUUAUUAAUUACAAUUUGUAGCUAUAAUUAUAACAACGUUUGUAUAAUUCGCAUUUA